UUACGCAGUUUAAGCGAAGAGGAAAUAAUCAGUGCUGUUGCAGAGGAAAUUUUAUCUACGGACCAUUUUACUGCUAGUUAAAGAUGGAUUAUGAUUAUGACUAUUUCAAACUCAAUCCACAAGAAACGUUGUACAAAAUGGACGCUGAUGCUAAAACAAACUACAUUGCAGACGAAAUUAUGGAUCUCUUUCGUCCAUCACGAGAAAAUGGACAUGAACUGGCCUUGGUUGUGAUAGGAAUGACAAUCCUACUUAACUUCAUUUUGUUCAUUUCCAUUUUAGCCGAGGGGAACAUUAAGAAACCUUCUAAUCUUUUAGAAAUAGCGAGGGGGUUGUCAGAAGUUUUGCUCUUAGUGUCAAUUACAAUACAAAAUACGAAAAAUAUGUACAAUACAACAGAACCAGCCUCAGCGGUUUCUGGGUUUGCCGUUUUCUGGUUUUUUUCGAUGUUGUCUGUGUGCCUUGGCCUGAUGAAGUCAUUCACGGGAUUUGUACGGUACACCGGUAGAUACACAAUGUCGGGUUCUUUCUUGCUCGCGAACUUGGUUAUAUUUGCCCUAUCGGCGUUCAUUGCCUUUAUUGUUCUGUGUGUGGUAUAUGUUGCCAAUGUUCUGGGCUUUGUUAUUUUGGUUUGUAUCUUCUAUUAUUUACCGUUCAUGGGGAUGUGGUUACUGGAUGGAUUAAGAAUUCUGCAUCUUCGAACUCAUUCAGUGAAAAAUAUUCUAGAAAUGGAAACGUUGAUUGAGACUAAUCCUGCGGUACCUGCGCAUGAACAGGAAGUGCAGUUCCAGAAGCCUAUGACAGGCUUUGGAAUGUUCAUUGCCUUGUUGUACGGGUUUUGUCACACCGUUGCUUUUGCCAUGGUGACUAUAGUUAUUACACGAGUCGCCUGGGUUUUCUUCAGACCAGUUUCCGCCCAAGCUCAACUACAACUACAGUCCAUUCCUGGUAGUCUCUAAAACAUUUGAAUGUUAAAUUGUUUAAUCACAAUUUGACUUCAUUCUUGCAGUAGACACAAGAUCGCAUAAACGCGGAUUUUCCAUUUAUUUUCACAAUGAGUCCUGGACCUUCUCGUACAUUUUUUUCAUACGCCCGUAGCCUCUGGUUAUAUUUCUCAUGAAAGUAUUAUCUAGAGUAAUACUAAAGAAUAUAAUGUUUUAUGUACAUAUUAUUUGCGCAGUUAUGAUUUGCAACAGUUGUGUUUAUAACUGUAGCCAUGAAAAUGUGCAAGUUCGUGAGUUCAAAUGAUAUAAUUGUAAUGUUAACAAUAUUGUAUAUCUUCAUAAGGAAAAUCAAUGCCCAUGCCCGACUCCUGAUUAUAUACACCUCAUUAGUAUCUUGUCCUCUAGAGUAGUGCGAUUUAGGCACCAGAUUAAUGAUUUGAGUAGUUGAAUUGUCCAUUCUGAAGUGAGUGGUUAUGGUGUCAUGUAGAUAUAUCCAUAAAGCAGAAGUGGAUGUCAGGUAACGAACGAAGUGAGAUCCGGGCGAUGAUAAAUGGACGUACUGCAUGUCGUUAAUUAUAUUGUGCAUGUAUUACAGUAAUUAAAUCGUACGUACAAUAUUGUAAUUAUAAUGUACAUUUGAUACAGUAACUACAUUGUACAUUUAAUUGCAUUGUACAUGUAAUGUGGCUGUAAAUUUUCAUUGUAUCUUGAAUUGCAGGUUGUUGUUUUUUUUAAACUUGUACUUCGAAAGUUUGAAUAUGAAACUUACAAGGACUGUCAAUUUUUUUCUAACAUUUGUAAAUGAUUAUGAUAAUUGUAACCUCCUUACAUUGUACAAACCUACACUGAUUAUCAGAAUUCUUCUAACAUUUGUAAAUAAUUAUGAUCGAUUGUAACUUCACUGCAUUGUACUUUUUGUGGAAAGAAUAUAUUAUUUAGUUCAUUGUAAACAUAUUAUCGCUCAAGCGUACUAUAGCAAAAAUAAAUGAUAAGCAUACAAUUCC